AUGUUUUUUAUUCUGCUUUGUGUCCAAAUCUUUGUAUGUGAAAACAAACAAAUAAACCAAAUCAAAGAUAAUAUUGUUCCUUUGGUAAAAUACAGUCAUUCGCUGCUCGGAAAACAAAAUAAUAACUUUCAGUAAUUGGCUAAUCAACAAGUCACCAAGAUGCCAAUAAUGUACAAUACUGGUGAUUGGUUCGUUUUACGACCAACAACAUACAGAAAAUUAGACUUAUACACCCCGGAAUGGCCAUUAGAUCUGGAUCUGGAAUAUAUGACUGUAGCGUGUGCUCCAUAUGGUGGACCGAUAGCUGUUACCAGAGAUCCCAAUAAAAUUGUACCGGUUAAAGGAACAGCAAAACCGCUAAUACGUAUUUUGGAUACUGCUGGUCAGGAGUUGGGAAAAGUUUGGUGGAAUCAUGGUCGUCUAAUUUCAAUGGGCUGGUCCGACGCCGAAGAGUUGAUUUGUGUCCAAGAGGAUGCCUUAGUGUUCAUCUACGACAUGUUUGGCAAUGAAAAAGAGUCCUAUUGCAUUAGCCAAGAGGCUAGCGAAACAAAGGUACUGGAUGCCAAGAUCUUUCAAUCAACAGCUGGAACCGGCAUAGCAGUUAUGACAACAAAAUAUCGCAUUUUCCUCAAACAUACGAGUAGCAAGGAUUUUCGAUCUCGUCUCUUGCCUGAAAUACCAAAAUCCAUCUCCAACUGCACUUGCUGGGAAAUUGUCACCGAAGAUCGCAACAGCUAUUGUCUUUUGGGACGUGAACGUGAAAUUAUUAAACUCUUUCCCGGAGAAUCUGUUGGCUCCAUAAUACGCAAUCUUUUCGAUAAACCAUUUGAAAGAAUUAUUUUGAUGUCCGUCUCAUAUAAUCACAAAAAUUUGGCCCUUUAUACGAACAAUGGUAUUGUAUGGAUGGGCAGCAUUGAUAUGAAACAAAAAUAUUGUGAAUUUGACACGGGUCGCAAGGAUGUACCGAAACAAAUAGAAUGGAUUAUGAACAUAGAUAAUGAUCAAUCGGAGGCAAUAGUAAUUUCAUAUCCUUCAUUUUUGUUAGCAGUCAAUGUGAAUGGUGAUAAAAAUCUUUUCACCUAUGAUCCGGCCAUAUUUCUGGUGGCUGAAAUGGAUGGUGUUCGCAUUUUGACCAAUACAACACAUGAAAUGAUACAGAAACUACCAAAAUGUGUGCAUAAUAUUUUUGCCAUUAAUAGCCAGGAGCCUUCAAGUUUUUUGUUUGAAGCCCAAAAGAAAUUUCAAGAAAAAUCUCAUCAAGCCGAUGAAUAUUUGAGUUUAUUUCGCGAUCGCAUGAAUGUAGCGGUAGAUGAGUGUGUUGAAGCAGCAGGCUAUGAGUUCUGUACUACCACACAAAAGUGUCUGAUGCGUACUGCAUACUUUGGCAAAGGUUUUAUACCUUCCCACAAUCCAGAUGAAUACAUACGUAUGCUAAGAAUUUUACGAGUGUUGAAUGCUCUGAGAGAUCCACGUAUUGCUAUUCCUUUAACACUAAAACAAUUCCAACACUUGCAUCCGGAAAUUAUUCUAGCGCGUUUGGUUUUUCGUAAAUACUAUGCAAUUGCCAUACAGGUGGCAAAACAUUUAAAACUACCCGAAUCAUGGAUUCUGGAGCAUUGGGCCUAUCACAAAGUGAUAAAUGACAAAAAUGACAUUGAAGUUGCUCGAAAAAUUACCGAAAAAUUUAAAAAUCCAUCUGUCGAGGGUAUAUCCUUUUGCAAUAUUGCAGAGAAGGCACAUAGCGCUGGGCGCGAUGAAUUGGCCAUUAAGUUAUUAGAGCUUGAGCCACGAACAUCGCUACAAGUUCCUUUGCUGCUUAAAUUGGGCAAAUAUAAUCGAGCUGUACAAAGUGCCACGCAAUCGGGUGAUACUGAGCUGGUGGCCACAGUAUUGCUAGAAAUCAAAAAGAAAAUGAUGUUAACCAAUUUCCAUAUGAUAAUACGUGAAUAUCCCAUGGCUUUAAACAUCUACAAAAAAAUCAUGAAUGAAUGGAGUCGCACUGCCUUAUAUGAUAUCUACAAUAGCGAAGAUGAUCAGAAAUCCAUAGCUGAAUACCAUUUUCGCAAUGCUAUCGAGAGUAAUACUUUGGAAUCCAAUCUAUCCAUAAUUGCCAAUAGUUACACACAGGGCAGACGAAACAUAGAAGCUGAACUCUGUUCGGAUACCAGCAAAUUGAUGAAAUUGCAGAAAUCGCUAAACAACAAAUAUUCCAGCAUUUAUGGUCAUGUAACAUUCCUUGGAUUGUCAAUACAUGAAACUAUGGAAAGAUUGCUAGAUUUGGGAGAACUAAAAGAAGCUGAAAAGAUCAAAAGUGAUUUCAAAGUCCCUGAUAGAAGAUAUUGGUGGCUACGAAUUAUCAACUUAUCCAACAAAUACAAAUGGGAAGAUUUGGAGAAGUUUGCCAAAAGCAAAAAAAGUCCCAUAGGCUAUGAGCCAUUUGUGGAAGUCUGCCUAAAGCAGAACAAUUUAACCGAAGCUCGCAAAUACAUACACAAAUGUCGAGAUGAUCGAAAACCUCAUUGGUAUAUAAGAGCUGAGCUUUAUGAAGAAGCUGUGGAUUCUGCAUUUGAACAACGUGAUAUUAAUGCACUGUAUGUGAUUCAACAAAAAGCAAAUUCAUUGGGAAAUCGCCAGCUAUUGGAUAAGAUAAAUACAUAUAUUCCUAUGUUGUCGUCUAAAAAAUAGAAAUAUUCUAUAUAUACAUACAUAUAUGCCAUGUAUAAGUAUUACAUUAAUAAAUUAAAGUUUUAUAAGUAAAUAUUAAAUAUAAUUAAGC